AUGGGUAAGCUUAGUAUUCAAUGUGUAUUCCUGAACAAUUUCAUUUUUCAAUUAUUCAACCAUUUCCUUUUACCAAGUUCAAUGUUAAUCCGAUUAAUAAAUAUUUCUAUGUUUCAGUCAGAUGUGUCGAUAUCAAUGGUGACUCAUUAUUUCGAUGAAUCAUUUCUUCGGACAGAAGAAGAUUAUGUAAACACUUACUGGAAAUCUCACUUAUCAGAUUCCAUUGUGGAAGACGCAAUUUUUUCUGUAGGCUACAACUUUUUUUGUUGA